AUGAUAAUGUAUGUACAUGUAACUAUGUAAUGUAAUUCAGUGAAAAAUAUUCAUUUCAAAGCUAGGUAUCUUGAUUUUCCCUCUUUUUAGAAAAAAAGAAAAUCUAUGUUUGCCACCAUAAUCAAUAGAGAGGGAUUUAAAUUAUUUGUGGGUUUUUUUUCAAUGAUGCCAUAGAUCCAAUACUUCCUAGUUAGUCAGAACCCGUGUCCCGUUAUGCACAUGAAACACAAUAUGCUUGUAUUGAUUUAAAUCCACAAAGAACUGCGUUUCGUUGAACCAAGCACAUUAAACAGAGCUGGGAAUUUCCAGCGACCGUAAAAUGGAAGUUGGAGUACUAGUGUGUUUGAUGUGGAAUAAACAUACAAUAUGAAGAUCUCCUCGCACCUGUUGACCUCACUCACCCUCACACAACUUUUCAUCACCUUGAUUGUUUUUGUUUACUCUGUUGAAUCGACCUACUACUGCAGCACAGCGGGUGGGGAUCCAUGUACUCUGGCGGGGACCCUGUAUGAGCCGUACGCCCGGACAGGUAACUGUGAGUACAACGGUGUGUACGCCCCCUGUGACCGCUACAUCGUACCAGGCUGGUACAAGAGCGAUGACCUCGUCCUGGAUCAGUGUCCAUCCCUCAACAGCUGUGGGGCAGUGUAUCCGAUCUGGAUGAACGGAACCUUUCCACAAGUCGCCGAUGGAGUUGUCUCUAGAACCCUCUGUAAGACUGGGUUUGGGGGCUGCUGUGUGAGACAGUACGACCUACAGAUCAAGAACUGUGGGACGUCCUACGUGUACUGUCUACCAGCCUUAGAUUCAUGUCCAGAACGACUCUGUUUCGGGACUAACGGAACCUGUGAAUAUCCGACUACGGUCGCCAUAACGACUACGGUCGCCAUUACGACCACCGCUGUUGUAGACUCCACGGUGUCAUUAAGGGAGUAUAAAAAUCUAAAGACGCGAUAUGUAGUUGCCAUUGUGGCGGUGAUUCUACUGGUGAUCAGUCUGUCUGGAUUCGCCACUUUAAUGUCCUUUUGCUACAUAAAAAAAAGAAGAAAAAAUAGAGAGAUCAGCCAGAGCCGCGUGGAACUGGCCACAGAUGAGACGGGGGUGGAAAGCAACGGAUCCCCUCCCCAUCUUCAUUUUCAACCUAAAUGAGAUCCGCUGACUGUAUUUUUACUAGUUUUAACUUAUUGACAGUUAUAUAUUAUAUUAUUGAUACUGAAGUUGUGCAGACUAUUGUGAUUUUUUUCAGCUGAUAUCCGUUAGUUAUUAUUUUGUUUUUUUUCCGUUUGCAAGAAAUUUUUUUGUUAUUUCAUCUAGUAUGUGUAACAUUUAAGUUUUAUAAUUUAUGUGAAACAAAAAAAAUAACUGGAUGUGUUUUUUUAUUGCUAAAUGAUAGUUUAUGGAGAAUUAUAUAUCUGUUUAAAGGUUUAAGGAAGACACGACAGUUAAUUAAACCAAAGUAAGAUAUGAUAUCGUAUUUGAAAAUAUUACGUCUUUUGAAAAUAUUAUCCGAACACUUAUACUUCCGCUCGAAAUUUCACAGGAUUUGAGCAAAUAUCGGGAAAGUCUCGUGAACUUUCAUUCGAGCAUCUCUGGAUUUAUUGUAUACUUGGCAACGAUAAAGAAAACAUUCAGAACACAUUCGCAGGGGUGUUUUUAACCUGGUCAAUGAAAAUUGUCAUUGAAAACUAUCGUAUUGUUUAUAGACUUUGUUUUUUAUCAACUUUGUAUUGUUUUGAGUUAUACUUGUGUACUGUCAUGAAAUUUCUAUAAAUGUUUAUCAGAAAAAAAUGUCAUCAUUAACACAUCUUUAUUGUAUAUUACAUUAAUUUUCUUUGUAAUUUCUUGACCAAAGAAAUUAUUGCAAAUAACAACGAAUUGAUCUAAAUGGGA